AUGUCAGAUGUGCAUAUUGAUGCAAAUGCAUUCUACAAAAGAUUGGCCAUUUUUCAAAAGACACUUGAAUCUGAAAAUAUUCCUCAAGCAUUAAUCAUAGUUGGAGCAAGAAAUGAUGAUAAUACUUAUAAAAAAUCAACAGUACUUCAAACAUGGUUAUUGGGUUACGAAUUUGUUCAUACUGCAAUAUAUGUUACACCUACAAGAUGCGUAUUUAUUACUUCUGAAGGUAAAGCUAAAUAUUUACAAGGAUUAACUAAUAGACCAGAUACAAUUGAAUUAUGGUUAAGAACAAAAGAUGUUGAAAAAAACAAACAAUUAUUUGUAAAAUUAAUAGAAGAAAUGAAAGAUGUUAGUGAUGAAUAUGGAAAUGUAAUAAAAGAUAAAUAUGAUGGGAAAUUUAUUGAUGAAUGGAAAGAAGUUAGUAAUGAUUCUGGAUUGAAACCAAUUGAUUUAGCAUUAACAUUAUCCAAAUCUAUGGAAUUAAAAGAUUCAGAAGAAUUUGAAAAUACAAAAAUAGCAUCAAAUGCAAGUGUAGUAAUGAUGGAUACAUUUGUUAAUGACAUGAUGACUAUAGUCGAUCAAGAAAAAAAAAUUACAAAUUCACAAUUGACUGAUCAAAUUGAAGAUAAAAUUGAAAAUAAUAAAUGGUAUUUAAAAUCAAAAUUAGGUAAAACUUUAUUACAAUCUAUAAAAGAUUUUGAUUCUGAAUUUUUGGAAUGGUGUUAUUCGCCAAUUAUUCAAAGUGGUGAUGAUUAUGAUUUAAAACCAAGUGCAAUGUCAACUGAACAACAAUUAGUAGGCGAAGGUGUCAUAUUAGCAUCAAUUGGUUUAAGAUACAAAUCAUAUUGUGCAAAUGUAGCUAGAACAUUUUUGAUUGACCCAACUAAAGAAAUGGAAGAUAAUUACGAUUUUUUAUUGAAAUUACAACAACAUAUUAAAGAAAAUUUUUUAAAGAGUGGUGUUAAAGCAAGUGAAGUAUACAAUGAUACUUUAGAUUAUAUCAAAAAAGAAAAUCCAAGUUUAGCAGAUAAAUUUACUAAAAAUUGUGGUUGGUUGAUUGGUAUUGAAUUUAGAGACUCUACAUUUUUACUUAACUCCAAAUCAGAAAGAAUAUUGGAAGAUGGUCAAAUAAUAUCAUUAACCAUUGGAUUCCAAAAUUUAGUCAAUAAGAGAAAAAAUUACUCCAUUCUAUUAACUGAUACUUUUAAAAUCAGUAUAGAUAAGCCAAUUUUAUUAACAAAUUCACCAAAAAAUAAAUCGGAUAUUUCAUUUUAUUUUAAUGAUGAUGAUGAAACCACCAAGAAAGUUAAACCGGAACCAAAAGUAGAAAACAAUAGCUCAUCAAAAGUACUUAAAUCAAAAUUGAGACAUGAAAACAGUAAUGCAGACGAUAAAAAUGCUGAGAAAUUAAGACAAGAGAUUCAAAUGAAAUUACAUGAAAAAAGAACAGAAGAAGGUUUAGCAAGAUUUUCAAAAGCUGAUGCAACUGAUGCUUCUGAUUAUAAACCAAUUUUCAAAAAGUAUGAAUCAUAUAUUCGUGAAUCUCAAAUUCCAAAUAGUGUAUCAGAUUUAAAGAUUCAUGUUGAUUACAAAAACCAUACUAUAAUAUUACCAAUAUGUGGUAGACCGGUUCCAUUUCAUAUCAAUUCGUACAAAAGUGGUUCACAAAACGAAGAAGGUGAUUAUACAUAUUUAAGAUUAAAUUUCAAUUCUCCAGGUGCUGGUGGUAAUGUAAAUAGAAAAGCCGAAUUACCGUAUGAAGACUCGCCAGAUAACACAUUUUUGAGAUCAAUCACAAUAAGGUCAAAAGAUCGUGAUAGAAUGGUUGAUGUUUUCAAAGCAAUUCAAGACUUAAAGAAAGAUUCAGUUAAAAGAGAAACUGAGAAAAAACAAUUAGCUGAUGUUGUAAGUCAAGCAAAUCUUGUUGAAUUUAAAGGUUCAAGAGUUAAAAAAUUAGAAAACGUAUUUGUUAGACCAACUCCAGAUACUAAAAAAUUAGGUGGGGUAUUACAAAUUCAUGAGAACGGUUUAAGAUAUCAAUCAAGUUUUAAAAUGGAUCAAAGAAUUGAUGUAUUGUUUUCAAAUAUUAAACAUUUAUUUUUCCAACCAUGUAAGGAUGAAUUAAUUGUUGUAAUUCAUUGUCACUUAAAAAAUCCAAUAAUGAUUGGUAAAAGAAAAACUUUUGAUAUACAAUUUUAUCGUGAGGCAAGUGAUAUGGCAUUUGAUGAAACUGGUGGUAGAAAAAGAAAAUAUAGAUAUGGUGAUGAAGAUGAAUUACAACAAGAACAAGAAGAAAGAAGAAGAAAAGCAUUAUUGGAUAAAGAAUUUAAGCAAUUUGCUGACUUAAUUGCUGAUAGUUCAAAUGGUAUAGUUGAAUUAGAUAUUCCAUUUAGAGAAUUGGGAUUCCAAGGUGUUCCUUUCAGAUCCUCGGUGUUGUGUAUACCUACUAGAGAUUGUUUGGUACAAUUAAUUGAUCCACCUUACCUUGUUGUUACAUUAGAAGAAGUUGAAAUUGCUCAUUUAGAAAGAGUUCAAUUUGGUUUGAAAAAUUUUGAUUUGGUUUUUGUUUUCAAAGAUUUUAAUAAACCAGUUGUUCAUAUAAACACAAUCCCAAUGGAAUUAUUGGAAGAUGUAAAAUCUUGGUUAACAGAUGUCGAUAUUCCAAUUAGUGAAGGUCAAAUGAAUUUAAAUUGGGGUCAAAUUAUUAAAACUGUACAAGCUGAUCCAUAUCAAUUUUUCUUGGAUGGUGGUUGGUCAUUUUUAACUGGUGCGGGAGAUUCAGAUGAAAGUGAAGAAGAAGAUGCAGAGAGUGAAUUCGAAGCAAGUGAUGAAGAUCCACAAGAUGAAAGUGAGGUAAGUGAAGAUGAUUAUGAAAGUGAAGGAGGUACUGAUGAUUUUUCGGGUAGUGGAAGUGAAGCAGAAAGUGAAGAAUCAGGAGAAGAUUGGGAUGAAAUGGAAAGAAAAGCUGCAAAAGCUGAUCGUAAUGCAGCUUAUGAUUAA